AAAAAAAUAAAAAUAUAUCUCACUGCGAGACUCGCUCGUAUAAUUUGCAGCAGCAGCUGCACCACCGUUAAAAUCCUCUUCCCUUUCGUUUUCUUCUUGUUCAAGAACAAACCACUUCAAUAAAUACACACACCCAACAGUACCUAACAGUAACAACAAAUUCAUACACAUAUAGAGAGAGAAACUAGAGAGAGAAACGGUUAUUCGAAACUCCAAAUAUGGCUACAAGGAAGCUGAUUCGUGAUUUCUUACUCUCACAACGAUCUCUUAUUCUUCCACGCCAAGGCGUGAAGACGAGGCUGUUUUUGAAUUCGGCUGAUAGGCGUGGAUACAGUGUCUUCAAUGAGUUCUCGAAGAAGGUUAAAGAUGAAACUGUUAGAAACCCAGAAUUCCAACAGUCUGUGAAGGAGCUGAAGGAAAAAGCAGAAGAAUUGAAAGGGGUAAAAGAAGGUCUGAAAGAAAAAACAAAGCAGACAUUUGAGCAGCUGUACAAACAAGCAGACGGCGUGUGGACAGAAGCUGAAGCUGCGGCAAGAAAGGUUUCUUACAAUGUUAAAGAGAAAAUUUCAGCUGCAACUGAAAAGGUGAAAGAAACUCCUGGGAUAGGAAAGCAGGACUCUUCAGGAUCAACUGAUUCUUCAACAAAACAUGACACUGAUGCAAAGCAAGGAAGUCAGACAUCACACGAGGAAGAGAAAACACAGCAAUUUACGUCUGAUAAUGCUUCAGAGUCAUUGUUUGGCAAAUUUAAGUCAACCUUUUCGUCUCCAAAUGUUUCCACUUCCUUUCAAAAAUUAAAGGAUGCAAAAAUUGUGGACAUAACCAAGAAAGGUUAUGACAUACUAAAGGAGGAAUUGAGUAGUAACCCAACUAAGAGACGGCAUGUUCAAUCUACUUUUAGUGGCGAAACAAGCACAAAAACUGAUCUUGUUGUUACGCCCUCUACCCAAUCUGGGUGGAGUAAGAAGUUUGAUGAAAUCAAGGAUAAGGUGAAAAGCCUUCCUGCAUUCAAGCGAUUCAUUAAGUAUACUGACCCAGUGAAGACAAAGAGCCAGGAGAUAGUAGAGGAUUUGCGGGAAAAAUAUGACACAAGUGACAACCCCAUUAUUCACAAAAUACAGGACAUCAACGAUACCAUGUUUCAAGAGACUGAUGCUGCACUUUCAUAUAAAGAAAUACGUCAACGGGAUCCUUCUUUUUCCUUAACGGAGUUUGUGGGAGAAGUACAGGAGGCCAUAAAACCAGUGCUUAAUGCUUACAUCAAGGGAGACGUUGAAACUCUGAAGAAGUACUGCAGCCCUCAGCUAAUCGAACGUUGUAAAGCAGAGCAUAGUGCUUAUAAAAGUCAUGGCAUCUUCUUUGAUAACAAGAUCCUGCAUAUUUCCGAUGUGGAUGUAAGAGAAACCAAGAUGUUGGAAUCAUCUCCGGUCAUUAUUAUUGUGUUUCAUACACAGCAAAUCUAUUGUGUACGAGAUAAGAAUGGGGCAAUAACAGAAGGAGGCAAGGAUACAAUCCACACUGUGUACUAUCUAUGGGCUUUGCAACAAAUGGAUCGACAAGAUCACGGAGAGGAAGCGAUUUAUCUAAUGUGGAGACUAAGAGAGAUGCAGCAGCAAGGCAUACAAGCUCUCAUCUAGUUUUUCACUCCUUCCCUUCUUUUAGGGAUUUGUAUAAUUGAGCAUUUGCUACAUAUAUAUGGAUUUCAUUUCUUGGCGCCAAAUUCCCAUAAUCAGCUGAUACAGGCUUUUUUGUUUUUUUUUGGUCAAGCGAUACAGGCAUUUUAAAUUGUCUGAUUAUUCAAGCUGUUUCUUAUAAAUAGGAUUAGAAGGAGUAUUUUUUUGCUGAUGAUAUCAAAAAAAUAACAUGCCCAAAUGUAUUCUUUUAUGUAUUAGAUAUGAGUUAGUUUAAUGCAUGGUUAAUUACCUUCUAGCUUUGUGCUGGAAGUGACAAAUUGUUAUAUGGAGGACAAGUUCUUUAUUUAUAAUAAUGAACAUUCUUAUCCA